ACAGGAGAGGGAGACAGAGAGAGAAUCCCCCAUUUUAGCUCAACAAUAUUACGGCAGUGCAGAGAUAUCUACAACAAUGGCAGCCCGGCACUCUCGGCACUGUGCUAUUGAUCUUGUAGUGGCAACCCAAUACACACACAGUCAAUGUGAUUGUUGUUUUAACCUCUCAUUAGAUUAAUGCCUGUGGUUGUUUUUGAUCAUUCUCAUUUGCAGAUCAUCCAAUUAUGCUGUCAUUGUCAGUCCCAGUAACUCAGACUGUUUAGUUAAAUGUCAUAAUACCUGCAGAUAAGAGUGGAUAUCUAAUAGCACAGUUAUAUCACUGGUGAUAUUGAUACUUAUAAAAAAAAGACAACUGUUUAAAUAAUGCUAAUAAUGCCUCCUCACAUCUUUAUUUAGUCCCAAUCUAUUCCCCUCAGGCAUACUGACUUACUAACCGGAUCUCUAAGACACUGCACUGGAGAGAGAGAGCAGAGGGGAGAGAGGGAGAGGGAGGGAGGGAGAGACAGAGAGAGAGUGAUCGAGCAAGCGCAGGAGGGAGAGAGAAAAAGAGAGAGCACAGGAGAGCAAGAAAAAGAAGCUAGAGCCGAGAGAAAGAGAGAGUCGCAGGAGGAAGAGGGAGAAUGCACGGUGUCUGGGUAACACUUCCACGCUUGUAUCCAGGGCCUUUGUGAAUACACCAUGGGAUGCAUCGGCUCCAGGAGACUGACGGGAGAUGGCGUCCCAGUCCAGAAGGAUGGGGAGCAGCAUGGACGUUCAGAAUUUUCAUGGGAAGGAAUCAAUCUGUCUAUGGAAGACACCACGUCAAUCCUGCCUCGGCUCAAGAGGAACUCAAACGCCUAUGGCAUCGGCGCUUUGGCUAAGUCUUCUCUGUCAGGUGUGUCAGGUGUUAGUCGCACGAUGAAGGAGAGAGUCACCAAGCCUACAGCCAUGGCCCAGGGUCGCGUCGCUCACAUGAUUGAAUGGCAAAACUGGGGCAUGCAGACGGUGGGCGCAGGGGGCAUCCCCCAGGCCCGCAUCAGCACCCAGGAGCGGGAGAAGGAGCGGCGGUUGGAGAACGACGCCUACAGUGACCUCAGCGACGGAGAGAAGGAGGCUCGUUUCACUGCAGGUAUCCUGCAGCAGUUUGCGAUCUCGGAGGCCACACUCCUAGCCUGGUCGUCGAUGGAUGGAGAGAGUCCGCGGUCGGGGUCGAACCAGGGCAGUGUGGCUCAUCUUAGCGAGGUCAACCAGGAGAGCAUCACCAGUCGAGAUCAGAUACUGCACCACUCCUCAGCAGAGGUGUGGCCUCACACAUACGUCUCCCAGGGCCACUACUGCCUCUCCUCCUCUGAUGCCUGGGAGCCAAUCAACAAUGAUCCCUCCAACGUGGCGUCUCCCCCUGCCGGCACCUACGUCAUGGGGACCGAAGGGUACGACGGGCAGGCAGCGGCUCACUUCCUGUCGCAGCAACAGCAACAGCAGUUCGCUCUCCAGCAGCAGAGUCAACUACAACAGCUGCAGCAGAUCCAACAGAUCCAGCACUACCAGCAACAGCAGCUCCUGCAGUAUCAGCAACAACAGUCGCUGGAGCACAGGCUGCACAGUGCCAACCACUCUUUGCAAGCCACGCCCAACAGCACCAUCCACAGUCUGGUCCAUCCCGCUCACCCACCAUUGGUCGAUCUGUGGAACACGGGGCAGAUGGAGGCCUAUCAGACGGACGCUGGAGGCUACAUGGGUGUGGCGGCGGUGGUGGAACCGAGCCUCUGUGUUCCCACUGGAGAGGAGAUGGUGGGAACAGAACACUCCCCGCUACUAGAGCAGCAGGAGGAGGAGGAGGAGGUCAAGGAGGAAGAUGUGGCACUGUGCAUGGAGCCAGAGUUGGCCUCGUUGACUCCGCCCACGCAACAAGGGGAUGCCUCUGGUGGCAGUAGUCCGGGGCAACCGCCGGCAGAGCCAAUCACAGAGCGGAAGUCCUCCGAUGUCACCUCCAGCCUCGUUCAGACGCUAGAGGGGAAGGAAGAGGAGGAGGGGCAGGGGCCAGCUGCUUCCAUGGCAACCAACUGAGUACCUGGCUGUCAAGAGACUCCCUAUUACAAACUGACCGGGAAGUCAGCGAGGAAUGAGCGUAAUAAUACAGUAUAUAUCUAUUAAUCUGUUCCUUUUCAGGUAUCAAAAAACUUUUUGGUUGCGAGCAAAUUCAAAAAUGGUGAGAAACAGAUCUGGAGGUGGACUCACAACGAGACAGGAGCUGAUGCAACAAAGGACACCUAUUUCUUUGUAAGCCUUACAUCCCAAAGGUAACUGAAGAGAGGAGUGAGGAUGGAGACACUGAAGGGGAGGAGGAGGAGGAGGAGGAGGAGGAGGAGGAGGAGCACCAACUGGCCGAGACAUUUCCAUCAGGAAAACGAAACCACGCAAAGAGGAAGAGGAAGGGGAAAGAAAACAUGCAUGCUUUUUAUGGAGACAAGCAACUCGACCAUGCCAUCGUCUCAUAAUAAUAAUGAAUCAUAAUAAAAACAUUACAAUAAGAGUAAUUUUGUAAUAAAGUAAAAAAAAAAAAAAGAACAAAUCUAUGUAUAAGUGUAUGAUAUACGUUUUCCUGUGGGAGAACUACUCUGUUUACAGCUGUUACUCGACAUAUUAGAUAGUGUUUAAUCAAAUUAAUUUUCCUGUUGCAUCGAACACAUACACUUUAAAAACGGCAACUCAAAAAAUAUGUCAUGUGUAAUUACAGAAGUCAGAGAAAAAUGUCAGCAUUUCAGUGAAAUGCAGAUUGACCCUCUAAAAUAAUCUAUGACGUUGUGGCACCAGGAUGCCCGAGGCACAACCCAGGGACAGGCGUGUCCUGCUGACUGCACACACUAAACUGCACAGAUAAGGAUUGUACUGUAAGAUAGUGUGCUUCCUACUCUGUCUCUCUGUAUGCAUGUUUCUUCAGAGCACUAUGGAGUACCUGUACUAUACAGCACUGUAUAGACUUUGCACUGAACCAUAGUAUCCCAGGUGGGGCCACAGUGGGCCCGGGCAAUGAGUUUCAUGGCAGAGAAAUAAAGACAGAGCUGCAUGAGCGAAUCUCUUUUGCACUGAUGCAAUCCAACAGAUCAGAGGUUGCCUUUGGACUGCUGACGUUCACCCAGUUCCCACUCUGAAAGCUUUCCACCGACAACCAAAACCGAGCCACUUAACAACACAGACCCUCAGCUGCUUUUUUUGUUUCUCUCUCUCUCUCUCUCCAUAGAGGUAGUCGCGUUAAAUCGAGGAUGAUAACCACUAUUUGAAUGUACUGGAAGACAGAUGGCAGUACAUGAGCGCUUGCUUUUUGAUGUCUCCUCGCAGUCCGCAUGGGAGAGAGUCUUUCCUAGGAAACAAAGAUAAACGAGCGAGUCUUUCAAACGUGUGGGAGGGAGCUGUUGAAAAAGGAUUCACUGCUGGCUCCACCACACAUACACACAUAUACACACACACACACACACACACACACACACACACACAGAAAACACACAGAUAUCUAAAUUGUAACCAGCAAUAGGCAGACGACACACUGGUUUCCCAACAGACCAGUGUCAGCUCUGUCGUAUAACUGUAAAUAGUCUGAGUAUAUAGAAAUCGCCUCUCACUCACAGUCACAACUGUUCUAGUACAGUAUGAUUUCUUUAUUUUUUUACACCUCUCAGUCCCGCUUUAUUUUGGGAUUGCUCUCAAGCUUACAAUUUUUUUUUUUUUAACCGUUACACGAGGACAAAUGAAACGGAGGAAUGUUUGUGUUGUAAAUAAAGCCAACUGGAGAGUGUUUUUAUCUGGCGGAGGAAGACGGACAGGCGUAGGUCCGAGUUCACGGCGGGGGAAAUACAGCCCGUGUGCUGCUCAAUCAGCCAAUCAGGGAAUAGAACAGAGGAGCGAACACUAGAGCCGAAGAGAUCGGUGUCUUCCUGCUCAUCGUGAUUACUGUGAAGCAGCUGCCUGGGGUGUGAUAGUGAUUCUAAUGAUGUUUGAGGAAGCAUUUGGUUUUUCUUUUUUCUUUCGCCUGAGGAAGAAUGGGUGUUUUUUUUUUUGUUUUUUGUUUUUUUUUUCCAGCGAGGAGUUAAACAGACAGUGAAGACUUUCUGUGCAUGACGAACUUCACCACACACAACCACUGUUUUCAUCUUUUUCUUUCUCUCUCUGCUGGGGAGCACCUUCUCCUCUCACUUUGAUGAUUGUGUGAGAAACUUUUAAGAUAAACAACUAAAAAAAUAACUGACUUGAAUGAAUUUAUUUAUUGAUUGCUUCUUUAUGCAAUGUUGGGGGACAAUGUUUAUUUUUCUACUGACUUGUUGAAAUCCCUUCCAGUAUAAGUUAGAAUAGAUGUCACGGUUGUAAAGCUGUCUUGUUUCGGUCUGGUUUUGAGCACUUUACACCAUGAAAAACACACCUUGUCAAGAGAUUAGAGAUGGAUAGUUUGGCAGCUCUCGAUUAUAACAAACCUAUCAUCGCUUUAUUUCACUGCAAGAUUCCCUGUUCAGUGACUCGUGAAAACAAGAGGGCUCAAAACUGCAAACAGAAUGUCUUUACACAGUGGCACGUAUUCAUUUAUUUAUUGAACAAUUACUCGGUGGGGAGGAAUAAUGUGACAGCUUGUACAGAGUCUAUAAUUUCAUGUAGGUACCGACCCUUCUGGGAGCAGUAUCUUUUUCUUUAUGAGUCAGUUUUAAAGACGUCAUGUGGUGGAAAGACUUGCUUUGUAUUUGUUGAGGCUAAUUCAGGGCUGGAAAGAGAUAUUAUAAGGAAACAUGCAUGAUGAAAAGACACUGCUUCAAUUUGGGUUCUUUUAUUGCUUUUUGUUUCUUUCUUUUUUUUUUUUGUUCAUCAGAACCUAAAUGAAUGAAUAAACUUAAUAACAAGAAGCCAAAUA